CGGAACACAGCGUAACCCGGCCAGGAGUGACGGGUGUGGGCAACGACCGGCGGAGCGACGGGAUCUUUCGUCCGAUUAGGACGGCCGCCUGCGCCGGAUGCCCAGAAAUCAGAACGCCUGGAACGCCACCACCCUGCUUGUGUCGCCCUCGUGCACGCGCCCGCGACGCCUGUGCGCAGGCUCCUAGAGGCCGCGCAGCUGCCGUUGCUGCCCCGCUGCCGAGGGAAGCGGCCUGUUAGGAGUCUGCGGGACCAGAGGAGGGCACCCACCCUGGAGCCAUGGUCCAUGCCUUCCUCAUCCACACCUUGAGGGCCCCACAGGCUGAGGACACGGGCCUUUGCCGGGUGCUCUACUCCUGCGUCUUUGGUGCUGAGAAUUCACCCGAUGACCCACGACCACACGGUGCUGAGAGGGACAGGCUCCUCCGUAAGGAGCAGAUUUUGGCAGUGGCCAGGCAGGUGGAGUCCAUGUGCCGGCUGCAGCAGCAGGCAUCUGGCAGGCCUCCCAUAGACCUGCAGCCCCAGUCUUCAGAUGAGCCAGUGCCCCUGCAUGAGGCCCCCCGAGGGGCCUUCCGCCUGGCUGCAGGGGACCCUUUCCAGGAGCCUCGGACGGUGGUGUGGCUGGGUGUGUUCUCAUUAGGCUUCGCCCUGGUGCUGGAUGCCCACGAGAACCUGCUGCUUGCUGAGGGCACACUCAGGCUGCUGGCACGCCUCCUUCUCGACCACCUCCGGCUGCUGGCCCCUGGCACCAAUCUCCUGCUGCGGGCUGAUCGAAUCGAGGGCAUCCUUGUCCGCUUCCUGCCCCAUGGUCAGCUGCUCUUCCUCAAUGAUCAGUUUGUCCAGGGUCUGGAGAAGGAAUUCAGUGCUGCCUGGCCCCGCUGACCCCUCACUGAACGGGACUUUCCAAGAGGGCAUGGAGGAAGGACAAAGAUGUUCGGACACACGGCAAGGUGCAACUUGGCAUCCACCUCCUACCCAGCCUGCUCCCAGCUCUGCUGUGCUGCCACACCCAGGACAAGUAGAUGGGACAAGCUGGCAGAAAAGGGGGCAAGGCAGAAGGUGGAGGGGUGGAAUCAUAGAACAUUCUGUGCCUGGAGCUGCCACAUGACUUACUCAGACUGGGUUCAUAAAUAUGUCAGUCGUUCAGGGGGAUUCUGUAGCCCCUUUUGGACCUAGCCCAUGCCUUCCAGGCAGCCUCAAGAUAAUCAUGGGCUUCCUUCAUCUGCAGGAAGAGAAGGUAUCCUCAGGUGGGUGCAAGAAGUCUGGCCUGGAUGAUGUUAUCUUUCUCAUUUUGAAUUAAAAGCACCAACUAUAUGA